GGGGUAGGGGGUUCUCGUGACUCGGCUUGGCCUGCUCCGGCGGCCUUGGGGAGUGUGGGGUCUCACGGCGCUACCGCCGCCGUGGGGCUGGGGUCGGUAUCGGGCGGGUUGGGGCGGGCCGCGGCCUGCGGCCUGGUUGGCUGGCUGGCUGGCGAGCGAGGUUGGGGCAGGGAAGGCGAAGGUUGCCAGACGGACGUCCCGCUGCCCAGGCGGCGGCCAGAACAGCCUGGCGGGUUCCGGGUCGGGGGGCGGACUGCCGGAGCGAGGGGUAGGAGGGCGCUCUGCCUGACGUCGGCCCGGUGUCGUCCCGGGGCCAGGUGCAGCCCGGAGGGCUCUGGCGCCGUCCGUGCUUCGCGCCAUGGCUAUGAGGGAGCUGGUGGAGCCGGAGUGCGGGGGCUCCAACCCCCUUCUGAAGCUGGCCGGCCACUUCACCCAGGACAAGGCCCUGCGGCAGGAAGGGCUCCAGGGAUCCCUCGGCUGGCCUCCGGGAGCGGCGGGCGCCGCCGCCGUAUCCAAGCCGCUGGGAGUAGCCUCUGAAGAUGAGCUGGUUGGAGAAUUCCUACAAGGGCAGAAUGCCCCAUUACUGUCCCAUGCACCCCAGACCUUUAAGAUGGAUGACCUGUUGGCUGAGAUGCAGGAGAUCGAACAGUCAAGCUUCCGACAGGCGCCUCAGCGAGCUCCAGGUGUGGCAGCCCUUGCACUGUCUGAAAACUGGACCCAGGAGUUCUUGGCUGCAGCAGAUACCGCUGGUGAUAUCGCUUCAGAUUACAAUGAGGCUGACUGGUCACAGGAAUUCAUUGCUGAAGUGACAGAUCCACUGUCUGUGUCUCCUGCCAAGUGGGCAGAAGAAUACCUUGAGCAGUCAGAGGAGAAACUGUGGCUGGGGGAAUCAGAAGACCAGUCAGUAGCAGAUAAAUGGUAUGAAGAAUAUCAAUCUGAAGAUGAUCUGAAGAAAACUGCUAGUGAUUUUCUUUCUAAAGUGGAUGAUCCAAAACUCAACAGUUCUGAGGGGGCAUCCGAUGCCUGGGUGGAUCAAUUUGCGCGAUCUGGGAACAUAUCAGCUCUUGAUACGGAAUUUGAGCAGGCAAAGACUGCUGUGGAGUCAGAUGUGGAUUUCUGGGACAAACUUCAGGCAGAAUGGGAGGAGAUGGCCAAGAGAGAUGCAGAGGCUCACCCUUGGCUUUCUGAUUAUGAUGACCUCAGCUCUUCUUCAUAUGACAAGGGUUACCAGUUUGAAGAAGAUAAUCCCAUGAGAGAUCAUCCUGACGCAUUUGAAGAAGGGCGAAAGCGCUUGGAGGAAGGUGACCUCCCCAAUGCUGUCUUGCUGUUUGAGGCUGCAGUGCAACAGAAGCCAGAUCAUAUGGAGGCCUGGCAAUACCUGGGAACCACCCAAGCAGAGAAUGAACAGGAACUCUUGGCAAUCAGCGCUCUCAGGCGGUGCUUGGAACUGCAGCCUGGUAACCUCACAGCACUUAUGGCUUUAGCAGUCAGCUUCACCAACGAGUCCUUGCAGAAGCAGGCAUGUGAGACCCUGCGGGACUGGCUACGCCAUAAACAAGCCUAUGCCCACCUACUGGAGAAGGAACCAGAGGAGAAUGCCUCAGAGACAAAUCUUGGCACUUCCAAGCGUGUACUAGGGUCCCUGCUGUCUGACUCACUUUUUGCGGAAGUCAAAGAGCUGUUCUUAGCAGCUGUGCGCAGCAACCCCUCAACUGUUGAUCCUGAUGUUCAGUGUGGCCUGGGUGUCCUUUUCAACCUUAGUGGCGAAUACGAGAAGGCUGUGGAUUGCUUCAGUGCCGCACUUAGUGUGCGCCCCAAUGAUCAUCUCCUAUGGAACAAGCUUGGUGCCACGCUGGCCAAUGGGAAUCGCAGUGAGGAAGCUGUGGCCGCAUACCGGCGGGCACUGGAGCUCCAGCCAGGAUAUAUCCGGUCUCGAUACAACUUGGGCAUCAGCUGCAUCAACUUGGGUGCCCACCGUGAGGCUGUGGAGCACUUCUUAGAGGCUUUGCACAUGCAGCAGAAGAGCCGAGGUCCACGAGGGCAGCAAGGCGCUAUGUCUGACAACAUCUGGAGCACCCUCCGCAUGGCCCUCUCCAUGCUGGGGCAGAGUGACCUGUAUGGAGCAGCUGAUGCCCAUGACCUUCCCACGCUGCUUCGGGCAUUUGGCCUCCAGCAGUGACUCUGGGAUCAGCUUCCCUGCGAGUGCAGGUUUGGCCCAGCCCAGCUGUGACCUUCUCUAGGGAGAAAAUGUUCACUUGGGUACACACACACCUUUGCUCUAUUAGGGCAGAUCACUUGCAACUAUUUCUUUUUUUUUUUUUUUUUUUUAAUUUCCUGCUGAAGUGUGCAACUUCCCCUACCUGUUGUUUGUGACCUGAGGAUCUCUGAGUGGUUUACAUUAUCACAUCUAUGGCUGACUGACACUCUGCUGCCAAGCAGAUGGUCAAAGUGGGGAAAUGAGAAGCUUUCCCAGAUGGCAUGUGCAGUGGUGCCCAGUGUGGCUUUGAGACCUCAUAGUAGCCAUUCUGGAGAGAGUACCUGCUGGAUAUGUUUCAAAGGCAGGCUGCUUUGGUGGGACAAGAUUGAUGUUAAGUGAAGCAGUGGGAAAACAAAAAAAUCUGGAUUUGAGUAUGCUUCCCCCAUGUAUGUGCUUGUAUGUGUAUGUAUGUGGGUUACUAGGGAAAGCUGAGGGCAGCAGUCGAUUUUCCUUGGGUAAUACUAAAUUUAUGGUACAGUCAGAUGAUGAUUUCUCAUUUGGGAACCUCUGAGAGCAGAGUAGUGUACUUGUGCUACGGACGUGAGUGGACCGUAGGGAUAAAAGAAGUCCCAGAGUUCAGAUUUGAGACAAUGUGAUAGGAAUAAAAGCCUAACUAUAACCUCCCCUCCCAGAAUAUGGUAGGGAACAGGUCAAGUCUUAAUUUUCACUUGAUCAUCUCUCAUUGUUUUUACUUUGUGCAGAAGUCCCCCAUCUUGACUGUAACUAAAUCUUGUUCAUUAUAAAUAUCUGUAUAUGAUUCUGCUGGGGAAAAUGUUUUUUUAAUUGUAAAAUAUUUUGUAUAAUAGGGGAGAGAAUUAAAAUUGCCAAAAUUA